AUGAAGAACACCCAAGCAUGAGAUCAAAGGAGACAUAUCAAAGCCCCGGUGAUGUCAUGAAUUCUAGAAUGUUCAAACAUUUGAGGUGGUCUGACUUACACAUACAAACCAUUUCUAAUCAGACUGUCACCAUGAGAGGAACGAAGAGCAAGCAGGCCGAAGACUACGACGAUAAUACCGGAGAGUCACUGGACGAGAUGGAGGAAUCCACACCUCUCGUCGAGGACUGGGACGAACCAGAACCUGUCUGUGAGGAACUGGAGGAAUCCGAGCCUCUGUUUGAAGAAACCAGGAUGAUCGCAUCUGCCCUUAAAAAGGCAGAAGAUUCUCUGGAAACUGGGCGCCUCUGCUGGCAGAUGGAGAAAUUCUCUCUGCUUAAAGCGCACAGACAGGAAACCGAGAAGAUCACAUCUGCCCUUAAAAAGGCAGAAGAUCUUCUGGAGACUGAGCGUCUCUGCUGGCUGCAGGAGAAACUCUCACUGCUGGAGGAGACGGAGAAGUCUACAGCGCUCUCUCAGGCUCAGCUGGAUGAGCAGAAAUGCGAGAAUAAAACUCUCGCAGCUGCUCUGAGGAAUGUCGAACAGAGGCUGGAGAGUCACCAGGCGGAAUGGCAGGAGGAAAAGACAUCCCUCAUUCAGGUCACAGAGGAUCUCCGGAGGACGCUGCAGGAUAAGGAGCAGGAGUGGGAAGAGAAAGAAAGCUCCAUGAAGUCCCAGCUGGAAGAUCUCCUGAGCAAGAAGAGGAGAAAGAGGAACUGGUUCAGGAGGUUAUUCCGUUUGCGUUGAUUCACUCUCAGGAACUGAACUGGUCUGCAAGGCCGUCCAUAACAAAAAGAAUUGGGCAUAACAAAAACAAUAGCAUGAGAAUUAAAUACAAUUAAUAACCAGCUCAGGAACUCAGGUCAAUAAUGUGCAUUUGAUCUCCCUGAGCAACAACUGGUUUCCCCCGGGUGCUCCGGUUCGCCAAUUUUAAUUUAAGAAGAAAUUCUUAAAUUAGAAAAAAAAAUGUUGCUCAGGUGUGUAAAACAAACAGACCAAAUGCACACAGACACCCAGCCGUCCGUGGAGAGGGGAUCUCUCUCUGAACUGCCUCUCCCGAGGUUUCUUCCCAUGUCCUUUAAAGGCUUUUUGAGGUUCAUGGGGAGUUUUUCCUCGUCUUCUUAGAGAGCUUGGGCUGGGUACCAGUUCCUGAUCUGGGUCUGGACGGCCUUCCAUAAUCACAUUUGGGCAUAACAAAAAUAAUAGCAUGAAAAAUUAAAUACAAUUAACUAAACAGCCUUGAAAACUUACAUAAAUAAAUGAAUAAAAAUAAUCAUAAUGUCA